AUGGCUAGCCCGGUCGCCGACGCCUUCAUCCGCCCUCUUUCGAUAUCCCCUCCUCCGCCGGUAUACCUGCGAGCAUCGCCUCCACCAGAGCCACCAUCAUACGAUCCUCCAGCUAUCCCCGGUCAUGAGAAUGCCACGGAACAAUCUACAACCCAUGGAAUCCGCAAGAAACUUGCCCCGGUGUCUGCUCUGAACAUCAACCAUGAAGCACAUUUUCAGCGUUCUCCUCAGUCGCCCGUGCAUAUCGAUGGCUCCGCGUUUGAUCCCCAGGCCUAUAGCGCUGUGAUUGAAGGCUCCAACGAUGACCUGGACAUGCGAUUUUCGACAAUAGACCUUUCGGAACCCGUCGAAGCAGCGGUCUCGACAUCGAGGUCUGCCUUUCCACCUCGUGUCGAUUCUGUGCCAGCAACAUCUGUGCAGACGAUAGCCGAUCGCCAUACUUCCGCUAGCACUAGUUCGUGGUCGUUAGUCGGUAGCAAUGAUAAAGAUGACGGGUCGAAACGAGCAUUUGCCGAUCAACAAGGAGCUGGAUCAAAAGCCUAUCUCAACUCAAACUCGUCAGAAGCCAGUUUAUCGAGUUCACAACAAAUGGACUAUCAACCUCUUCAAUAUCACCAUCGACCUCUCCGUGACUCUGCCACCGGACGACAUUCUGGCUCGUCCUCUCCAGACAAUCUUCCGCAACCCAACCAACUACUGUCUCCAAGACUGGGAGCUUUCGGGGCUCCGCGCCCAUUAUCCGCAUAUUCCUCCACAUCCGAUCUUCGCACUCGUUCGCCGCAUGGUCGCAAUGUCUCCGGCCACUCGCCAGAUUCUCGUCCGAAAUCAACCUAUGUAGAAUUGCUGAACACGCCAUAUCCACAGCAGGUGCCAUCACCAGCUGCCAAGGAUAAUGAACACUUGAGAAUGCUGCUAGGGAAUAACGUCUCGUUGUUGAGUCACAAGCAAACUUUUGAGAUGUACCUUGCGAAUGUGAAGAAAACGAACGAUCCGGCCGUUCAAUAUGAGUUUGCUGUUUUCAUGAUCAGUGCCAUUCAGGAAUUGUACGCGGAUGAAGAUGGUGUUACACCAGUUUCGGCGGACAAACAGAAAGAUGCGCCGGACGUUACAAAAUCCCGGUUGCUACUCGAAGCAAAGGCAAUUUUACAGAGGCUUGCAGAUCGCAGUUACCCAUUUGCACAGUACUACCUCGGGGAUGGUUUUUCGUCUGGUCUCUUCAACAAAGGUAAAGAAGACUAUGAUCGGGCACUGCCGCUUUUUGUGGCGGCCAGCAAGCAUGGUCACGCCGAAGCGUCAUACCGGGCAGGUUUGUGUAACGAAUUUGGUUGGGGUUGCAGAACAGACGGACCCAAAGCUGCGAAUUUCUACAGAACAGCUGCCACGAAGAAUCAUCCUGGCGCUAUGCUUCGACUUGCCCGGGCUUGUCUAGCCAGCGACCUUGGCUUAGGAAAACGUGAACGAGAAGGCCUUAAAUGGCUGAAGCGGGCUGCCGAUACGGCCGAUAUGCAGUACAACGCGGCUCCUUACGAGUUGGGAGUGUUGCAUGAGACCGGGUAUGGCCAAGAUAUCUUCAAGGAUGAGUCGUAUGCUGCUCAAUUAUAUACCAAAUCAGCCGAUCUUGGCAAUAGAGAUGCCAACUUCCGCAUGGGAGAAGCAUACGAGCAUGGACAGUUGGGCUGUCCUCACGAUCCGGCGUUAAGUAUCCAUUUCUACACCGCGGCUGCUCAGCUUGAUCACCCACAGGCUCAGAUGGCGUUGUGCGCGUGGUAUUUGCUCGGCGCGGAGCCUAUUCUCGAAAGAGAUGAGAUGGAAGCGUACGAGUGGGCUCGGCGUGCUGCCGAACAAGGACUCGCCAAAGCUCAAUACACGAUUGGGUUUUUUACAGAGAGUGGAAUAGGAUGCCGACGCGACCCGCUCGAGGCUAAUGUCUGGUACGUGAAAGCAGCGGACCAGGGAGAGGAUAGGGCGAAACAUAGACUGGCAGCUAUUCAGGCCGCUUCGGAGGGAGCCAAUCCUAUUUCAGCGGCCAAAUCAAAAAAGAAAAGCGAAAGACGGUCUUCAGAUGAGAAAAAAGAAAAACACACAUAG